AUGGCCAUCCUUUCUCCUAUCUUUCCUGACCUUGCCAAUCCCCAUCGCUUCAUCACCUCAUUCCUUAGCUCAGCUCCGAGAUAUCUCAUGCAGCUUCAGCUACCUUUUCCGAAUCCCAAGCUCGAGAACAGUCCCAAUCAUGCGCCCGGAAUAUCGAAUCCUGAAACGGACCCCAUCUGCGCAAGAAUCAAGAUGCCCGCAACACCCCUCACCGGGAGCCAGCUCCGAGACUUAAGGUUUCGCCGGUAUAUUGCUCAUCAUCGGUCGGUCCGGCCCCCAACAUGGAAAAACAGACGCACCACAUCUGUCCAUCUGCCCCUGAAUCCUGAUCUUUUCCCCCGAAAGCUGAUCUGCCCGAGACCUCCGGUUCGGACCCCAACACUUGCGGGCAUUCAUAUCGACGACGGCACUAGCCACGGAAGUACAGCAACUGAAACACUGAAGAAUUUCUGCCCCGACCCCGCAACCGGGUCCCGUCCGUCCCUGCAGCCGGCCCAGGCCGUCGGUGUGACCCCCAUUGGGACAUCUCCACCGCCCAUCCCGACACUCGCCAAAAAGAUCUUUCAACUUGGUCAACGUACGUACCAAGUAGCGUACCCAGCUAGCACCUUGUUAGCGUGCCUAUUGUCACCAACGCUUAAUCCAAAUUUUGCGGGCCGGCUGCUGCAUGGCGUUCUCUUGGUGUUCACGUCAAAGAUUGACAGCAGUCAAUUGCUCGGUCGCUCGCCGCCCUCACCUUGGGCGACCGAUGUUGCUAUUCAUUACCCCACGACCAUCGGCGAACCUUCCGAUUAUUGCUUCAAUAUGAUCGGCCUGUUCCUCCGUGCCCGCAACUCGGAGUCUUUGACGAUCUAA